AUGUGCUCAUUUCCGGAGCCUAACUUAGAGGGCGUAUCAACUAGCGCAGUGACAUAUGGUUAUGGACUCACGGUGGAAUUAGCUGCCACUGCGAAUUCCCAUGUCAACAGAGUUGAGAACCGAGCCGAAGAAGCCUCUUAUUCAUGGGGGUCAAGCUCUCUUCAGAGCCCUCUGAUGGGAGGCAGUGCAGAUCAACCACAUCGUGCAACUAUUCAUGAUGCCUCAACAAUAUCCGCGGACGAACUUGACGGGGACAUAAAUACCAAUAUGACAGUCCCUUCCUUUUCGCCAGUCCAUUUCGACGAUGGCAAAGAACCGGUCAACGAGGUCCAAACCGCAGAACACAGAGGAAUGCUUAACAAGGAUCACUGCAUCAUAAUUCAGGGCCUGCCAGAGUCCUCCGCCAGUACCCCCAGGGAACGAGUCGCUGCUGACUUAGAGCAAUUCCAGAGACUCCUAAAUGAAAUGCUGCAACCAACAGAAGAUGACACAGACGUAAAGGCGUUUCGUCUUGGUAGCCGUACAACCGCCGCUCCACAGACACGACCAAGACCCCUGAAACUUGUCCUAGGUAGCAAUGAGCAGGCGAAACUAUUCCUUUCCAGACGUUUUCGACUGAAACAUUCCCAUAAAGGAGUGUUUUUUCAGUCGGACUACUCACCUGCCGAGAGAAUGAAACGCCGCGAACUUGUCCUAGAAUUGAGAACACGACAAACCAACGGCGAAGAAGAUUUGACAAUCUACAACGACCGGAUAGUCAAACGACAUUCCGCCCCCCUCUGGAUCAAGUCGAUCCGAAUGACCGCACAGAUACCAUGGUAG